UAACCGGAAAGAGAAAGAAAAAAAAAAGAAAAAGAAAAAAAUCUGUGGCUUUGUUUUGGUACAUCAAAUAAAAUAUCUACUCACCGUUUUUCUUCCUUUCUUGCUUCCCAAGCACAAAAACCCUAAAACACUCUUCAAAACCCUAAACACACUUCUCAAAACAAAACCCUCCAUAAUUUCUCCCACAAUUUACUUGCUAUUUCAGCUAUGGUAGUCGGUAGGAUCACCCUUCGGAUUGCCAGAACCCUCGUUUCUCGAUGCCGAAGCUCCUUGAUCACCAAUGGCGGAUCUCAUAAUAAUCUCUCGGUUUCAAUAUUCGGAAACCACCAUCACUCUCUUUCUGAUUCACGGAACAAGGUGCUAGCACGUCAAAUAUCUUUAUUACAUAACUCUGCUCUUAAUUCAUUCGCUUUUCAAAGAUUCGGGAUCUCGUCAUCUGCAUCUCCACAAUCCAACGAAAAGGCAACUUCUGAAAAUGGAGGAACAGCUACAGACGAAAAUGCUACUUCUGAAGACAAAGGACAAGUUGACGAAGAUUUGACAAUGGAGGAUCUGAUUAAACUAGUGACCGAGAAGGAGGAACUUUUGAAGACAAAACAAGACGAGAUUGAGAAAAUGAAAGAUAAAGUUCUUCGAACGUAUGCAGAUAUGGAAAACAUCAUGGACAGGACCAAAAGAGAGGCAGAUAACUCUAAAAAGUUUGCGAUUCAGAAUUUUGCAAAGAGUUUACUGGAUGUAGCGGAUAAUCUGGAUAGAGCUUCUUCGGUUGUAAAAGAGAGUUUUGCUAAGAUCGAUGCAUCUAAGGACACUACUGGAGCCGUUCCGCUUUUAAAAACGCUUCUUGAAGGCGUCGAGAUGACCGAAAAACAGCUAGCAGAGGUUUUCAAGAAAUUUGGAGUAGAGAAGUACGAUCCAACAAACGAGGAGUUCGAUCCAAACAGGCAUAAUGCAGUGUUUCAAGUGCCAGAUAAUACCAAGGCUCCCGAUACUGUUGCGGUCGUUCUCAAGGCAGGAUACACGCUCCAUGAUCGAAUAAUACGACCUGCUGAAGUUGGUGUGAUCAUAAAGGCGGAAUAAAAUAACAGAUGUUGGAUCGAUAGUGUUGCCUCAUAGUGAUACUGUUCGAGGAUUUUUUUUAUAACAUUUUGUCGUGUUAGGACCAGGAUAAACUCCGAGGGAAAAAGUAUUUUAAGUUUUUUUAUUUACUUCAUUUUUGUAUCAACUGUAAUAAAACAUGGUUACGUCAAGUCACCCAAAACAUCAAUUUGUGGUAUAGGGUAUAUAUAUCUUUUGCAGCUUAGAAUGUGA